UGAAAAGAAGCGUCCCCCAGGAAACCUGGACACGGUCCUGUCAAGCCCUACAGUUCAUGCCGUGCUCCUGUCACUGAAGGGGAGAGUGUUAAAUCCUCAACAAUGGGGUAAACUUUAUCCUGCUGUCAGGUCUUCAGUGUCAUCGAAGAAUUUCGACAUAACUCUUCUAAUGCUUCUGUUGAGGAACAUUUGUGGUCUUGUUGCUCCACCUACCGGCUGGAAUACACUUCCUACUGCAGCAGACAUGUCCCUUGAGGCAGAUAUCGUUCGCAUCAAGUGCUACAGAAACACAGUUUAUGGUCAUGCCAGCGAGGCUUCAGUUGAUGACGCAACAUUCAAUUAAUACUGGCAGGACAUCCAGGGUCCAUUGGUGAGACUGGGAGGAGCAGAGUACCAAAGUGCUAUUGAUGAUCUGAAAAAGGAAUGCAUGGAUCCCGAUUUCGAAGAACACUACAAAGAGCUUCUAAGGCAGUGGGUGAAGGAUGAAGUUAGCAUCAAGGAACGACUCGAUGAAAUGUCAGAGAAGUUUGGUAAAAGGCUGGACGAAAUAGAGGAAGCAAUUGUCAAUCCUUCAAAGAAAGCAGGAGACAAAGGUGUAACGCAAUACUCCAAUGCAUUGAAAGAGUCAAUAAGAGGCCAAACCGAGUACCUUCCUCUGGUCUCACCAACCUUGCCCAAUGUGAGAACAGAUCACGUAUUCACCAACAUUCUCAUGCAACAUGGAAGAAAGCCAGUCCAAUGUCUUGAUUCGGAAAGAAAAGAAUGCCUUAACCCGCAUGGCCAAAGGGAAAGACAAGGGUCAGUCGAAGAUCUUGAUUUGAAAAGAGAGAAACGCCUACGCCAGUACGGUCAAAUAAGUGGUAACAAAAUAAAACACUCUCAAGAAAUAUUCCUCCCAACUGAUGGUAAACAUCCAGAAUCUGUUCUUGUCACUGGAAAGGCUGGCAUCGGUAAAACACUGUUUUGUCAAAAGCUGAUCAGAGAUUGGGCUGACAACAAAUUAUUUCAAUCCAUUGCAAAUACCGACCUGGCUGAUUUUAAGUUCGCAUAUUUGCUCACGUUUCGUCAGCUUAAUCUGCUUGGAGACAACCCUGUUACCUUGAAGGAUAUCUUAAACCGAUCUUCAGUGCUAGAUGACCACUCAAAUAUCGACGACUCCUUAUUUGAGUACAUUGUUCAUCAUCCUGGAGAAGUUUUGAUUAUCAUCGACGGGUAUGACGAGUGUUCACAACAAGAUUACAUUGCUAGUGUUUCACAUGAAAAGUACCCAAAUAACUCCAUGGAGAAAAUGCCAGUAGCGGCACUGUGUGCCAAGCUUAUUAAAAGAAGAAUACUGCGAGGUUCGGUUGUAAUGAUCACGUCAAGACCUGAUGAGUCUGACAAAAUGAAAGACAAUCACAUUCAUUUUGACAGAUACGUUGAAAUCACAGGAUUUUUUAAGCCCCAGGUAAAAGAAUACAUUGGAAAGUAUUUCAAAAACAACGAAGGAAUGAAAAAGACUGUACUUGACCACAUUACAAAGAAUGCCAAUCUUGUCAGUUUUGCCCACGUUCCUGUUCUAUGUCUCCUAAUGUGUUCUUAUUUUGAAUAUAAUCUGCAGCAUUCAGAUAUCACAUAUCCACUUCCGGUUAAAACCAGUGUCCUUUAUGAUGAAGUAGUGAGAAUGUUCGUACAAAAGCACGAUAAAAGCGAAAGACUUUCUCUCAAAGUGACUCUAGAUGAGUUAUCAAGGCUGGCCGCUCAACUUCUUCGAGAGAGAAGGUAUCUUUUCAUUAAAGAGGAUUUGAGAACUUUUAACUUACAAGAGGUUGAAAUUCUGUGUCGAAGCGGUCUUCUUCAUUGCGGUCCUCCUUUCAGAAAUUCUUUUUCUGCAACAACGAAAUAUUUUUGUUUUACCCAUCUGACUCUCCAAGAGUACUUAGCGGCUAGUUGGUUUGUAAAGGAGAAAGAAAUUCCCCCCAAACAUGUGUCUCCAGAAGUAUAUCAGUUUAUGUCCGGUAUUUUGUCAAGGCAAAAAGACGCCGUAGUGAUGGAAAGGUUAGUGGAGGAAAUUGCCCCUUUAAGAAGAAUUUCCUCUCUUGGACGUCAGCCUGUCAUACUAAUGUUUAAAUGUCUCACGGAAUACGAAGACGUGGAGUUUGCUAAAAGAAUAGUAAAGAAACGUCACCAUGACAUAUUUAUACGAGAAGGAAGUAUUUUAUUUUAUGGUAGCAACCUGACGGAUGUGGACUGCACCGCUUUGUCUUUUCUGUUUCAUGUGUUUAGUGCACUCGAUACAGAGGGAGAAUCUGAAGUGAACGAGGGAAAGUCCAAAAGGGGAGCAAAAUGGAAGCUCACCAAACUUGAUCUGAGUUAUAAUCAGGUCACCGAUGCCGGUGCUGUCAGUCUAUGUCAAGCAUUACAGACACCAACUUACAAGCUCACCACACUUGAUCUGAUGUCAAAUCAGAUCACCGAUGCCGGUGUUGUCAGUCUAUGUCAAGCAUUACAGACACCAACAUGUACACUCACCACACUUUAUCUGGGUGCAAAUCAGCUCACCGAUGCCGGUGCUGUCAGUCUAUGUCAAGCAUUACAGACACCAACAUGUAAAUUCACCACACUUCAUCUGAAUGCAAAUCAGAUUACCAAUGCCGGUGUUGUCAGUCUAUGUCAAGCAUUACAGACACCAACAUGUAAACUCGCCACCCUUUAUCUGAGUGAAAAUCAAAUCACCAAUGCUGGUGUUGUCAGUCUAUGUCAAACAUUACAGACACCAACAUGUAAACUUACCACACUUGAUCUGAGUCAUAAUCAGAUCACCGAUGCCGCUGUUGUCAGGCUAGGUCAAGCAUUACAGACACCAACAUGUAAACUCACCAUACUUUUUCUGAGUGCCAUUCAGAUCACCGAUGCCAGUCUUGUCAAUCUAUAUGAAGCAUUACAGACACCAGCAUGUAAACCCUCCACUCUUGAUCUGAGUCAUAAUCAGAUCACCGAUGCCGCUGUUGUCAGGCUAUGUCAAGCAUUACAGGCACCAACAAGUAAACUCACCACACUUGAUAUGGUUGGGAAUCAAAUCACCGAUGUUGGUGUUGUCAGUCUAUGUCAAGCAUUACAGACACCAACAUGUAAACUCACCAGACUUGAUCUGAAUGAGAAUCAGAUCACCGAUUUCGGUGUUGUUAGUUUAUGUCAAGCAUUACAGACAACAACAUGCAAACUCACCAUACUUAAUCUGAGGAGUAAUCAGAUCACCGAUGCCGGUAAAGAGCAUCUGAGAAAAUGUUCCGGAAAGACUAUCAGUUGUUGAGCUCUAUUUGUGAAAGGAUUUAGGACACAUUUUAAGAGUAGUUAUGGCUUUUGACAAACUACGCGAAGGUUGAAAUACUAUGGGAAAACGUUGACAAUGCAAAGGGUUGUUUUAAGGAACCGCUUUACUUUUUUCGUCGUUCUUCGAAUGAAUUCCAUUUAUCACUAAAUCUUUUUUCAGUUACUGAAUCCUUACCAUACAAUGUUUUGAUGAAAAAGCUUUUGGAUACAGUCUUGAAAAGUGGUUUAAUAUUUUUUCAUACUAUGAUGAUGUGAGAAUGAAUUCAACUAUUUUUCAUAACUUUUGACUUGUUACUCCUUGUUGAGUCAGUAAAUCCCUCUCUUCAGGAUACAUUGAUAUCAAAUUUUGAGCGUGGUAGAAUAUUUCACAAUAUUGGCAGCAGAUAAUAGUGAUGUUAGGACUUGGUUAGGCAGGACUUUCCAGAGACUGACGUUUUCCUAUCUAA